AUGUCUGGGGCUGACCCUUCCUCUGCAUUUGCAGGGAGUGUGGAGAACGGAACCUUUCUGGAGCUGUUUCCCACGUCGCUGUCCACAUCGGUAGACCCGUCCUCGGGCCAUCUGUCCAACGUCUACGUCUAUGUGUCCAUAUUCCUCAGCCUCCUCGCCUUCCUGCUUCUGCUGCUGAUCAUUGCUCUCCAGAGGCUGAAAAACAUCAUCUCCUCCAGUUCCUCCUACCCGGAGUACCCAAGUGAUGCUGGGAGCUCUUUCACCAAUUUGGAAGUCUGUAGCAUCUCCUCUCAGAGGUCUACAUUUUCAAACCUCUCAUCGUGAAGGAAAUGGAAGGACAGGCCAAGCGAUCAUGGCUUUGGUUUCUCCAGGCAGAAGGAGCUGCUGCAUGAAAGAAAUGAUCACUCUGGUAGCUGUGUUUCCCACUCUCAUGCUUUAUUUCUCUUCUGCUCAGGAUGCGUUCUGUUUGUGAGAGGAGGCGCCAAUGCUGACAGAAAUGUACGUAAACGUUGAGGUGUGGGAUUCUGCCCAAAGUUCUUGGCCAACCUGGAGGCUGGUCAGCUUGUGUUGGACACCACAGACUCA